GUCCACCAUAUUGGAGUAAAAGAAGAAGUCAGCCGCUUAGACGUGACAACAAAUUAAAUGGCGACCGACGGCGAAGGGGGAAAUACGAGCUGCGCUGCAAAAUAUCGGGUUAAAUGACAAAUUUUAUCCCCGACAGAGCGUAGUCUUUGUCCCGGUACGACCAUGGACCCUGUCCCGUUCAGUGAGGAGCUGUCGGAAAGAAAAGUGUGCAUUGUCGGCUCGGAGUUGGUGGAAAACUACACGGUGUACAUCAUUGAAGUUUUGGAUGGAGAGCACAAGUGGACGGUAAAGCAUCGCUACAGCGACUUCCAUGACCUCCAUGAGAAGUUGGUAGCGGAGAACAAAGUGGACCGGCAUCUGCUCCCGCCCAAGAAGAUGCUGGGCAAGAACUCCAAGAGCUUGGUGGAACGUCGGCAGAAGGAGCUAGAACUUUACCUGCAGGCGCUGCUCCAGCAAUUCCCGGAGGCCACCCCCACUCCCCUGGCUGCAUUUCUUCACUUUAACCUAUACGAGAUCAACGGCAUCACGGCCGCGCUAGCCGAGGAGUUGUUCCAUAAAGGCGAAGAGUUGCUGGCCGCUGGCAAGGUGUUCUCCCUCCGGCCACUGCAGCUCCACGCCGUCUCCCAGCAGCUGCGUCUGGCCAAGCCCACGUGCCGCAACGGCGACGCCAAGACCGACCUGGGUCACAUCUUGGACUUCGCCUGCCGGCUGCGCUACCUCAAGAUCUGCGGCACCAGUGGCCCAGUCGGAAGCAGCAACAUCCUGGAGAGGAAUCUGCCCUUUGACCUGUCUUUUUUCAAGUCACUGCUUCAGAUUGAGAUCAGCGAAUGCGCAGCUCAGCAAAUUGGGGGUUUGUCAUCUCUGAGGUCCAGCCUGCUCACUCUGAAUAUCCACCACUCCACAGACAGCAUGAUGCUGCUCCUCGUUCCGGAAGCCAGCGAGUUCCCUCAGUGGGAAGCCGAGGGCUCGGAGCGUGGCUGCCCCGUGACCGCCGUGGUGCCACGCUGGCGCAACCUGACCACGCUGGACAUGAGCCACAACGCCAUCGGCACCAUCGACAGCUCAGUGAAACUGAUUCCAGAGGUGGAGUUUCUCGAUCUGAGCCACAAUUGCCUUUCCUCGGUGGAAAACCUUCAGCAUCUGUACAAUCUAGUCCACGUGGAUUUGUCCUACAACAAAUUGUGCAUCCUGGAGGGGGCUCAUACGCGGCUGGGCAACAUCAAGACACUCAGCCUGGCUGGCAACCAGCUGGAGCGGCUCACGGGCCUCAGCAAGCUCUACUCGCUGGUCCACCUGGACCUCAGCCACAACCAACUAGCUCAAUUGGAGGAAAUCAAAAACAUCGGCUCGCUGCCGUGCCUGGAGAAGAUCAACCUUUCCUCCAAUCCAAUUUGCAUCAUCCCUGACUACAGAACCAAAGUCCUGGCCCAGUUUGGAGACCGAGCAGCAGAGGUGUGUCUGGAUGGUCAAGUGACCACAGAGAAGGAGUUGGACACGGUGGAGGUGUUGAAAGCCAUUCGGAAAGCCAAAGAAGUCAAAGACCGCAUGAGCAGCAGCGACAAGAAGAUCAGUGAGGAGACCGGGCUGUCUGCUGCUGCACCUCCUCUCCCUCCCUCCCCCUCCUCCUCUUCAUCUACUCCCUUCUCUUCCUCUCGCUGCACCUCUUUUGUUGCCCCUCAUUGUCUCACCUCUGCGCCAACCUCUUCCUGUCAGGCCCGGCAGGCUUCCUGCACCAGCCGAGAAAUGACGAGCCGAGAAGAAGCCGCCGUUCCGCCGACCAUCCUGCCUUUCCCGACUUCCUCCGAUGCGCGCCUCUUACCUGCUGACACCACCCAGGUUGGAGACGCUGCCAUCCAUCCCUCUGAACGUGGUCACAAAGCCCCUGCCAACAUGGUCACAUGUUGCCCGUGCUCCUCCUCCUCCUGCUGCUCUUCCUCCUCUAGUCUGCCUGAAGUUACCUGCCCGAGCUGCAGCGCCACCUGGUGUCCUCUGCUCACCUCUCGUCUCCUCUCCCUCACCGUCACCGACCGGCUUUUCACAGGCCUGCUGUCCAUGCGCCUCCACGCCGCCCUCAAGGAGCCGGACGAGAUGAUUGUGGAAGCCGAGGAGGAGAAGGAUGAGGAUGAGGAGGUAUACCCAUCCAGAGAGGUUUCAUCCCACGUGGAGGGCACGCAAGUGGAUGGGCCGCUCUCCGGGGAUGGCUACUUUGAAAUGGGACUAGAUUCCGUUCAGGACCCGUCUCGUCAUCCCGCCGGGCCCGGUGUUGGUCCUUCCGACCCAUGCGAUGAGGAGCGGCAGCAAGAGACUGUCAACAGUGUGCUUUGGUGCUAUUGUCUAAAGCUGGAAGAGGAGACGCAGGAGGUGGAACAGAGCGUAGUGUGCAUGGUGCUGACGGACAAACGUUUGUGCUUGCUGCGCUUGUCACACGAUAGCAAAGGGAACAUUCUGGAUGCAGAUGAAGACCAGAGUGCGUCCACAAAGGCUCUUGUGUCUAGGCUUGAGGUGGCCCUCCUGCUACCCUACUCCCAGCUGCUGCUUUCCUCACACGCCGAGCUUCCUGCCUCCUGUCUGGCCUUGGAGCCCCAGAAUGGUGCUGCCCGCUUUUACCUUUUCUCCGAGGCCCUGGAGCUCCUGAGAACCAGGGCUGAGCUGCAGAGACUGACCCAGGUCACACAGGCAGCAGAGACUCCUCGUCUCCUACCCCGCUCCCUCCUGAACUCCUGGGAAGCAGAGGAGAGUCACGAAGCUCAGGGAGGCUACCUCAGCUUCCUCUUGCCCCCCUCUCCCUCUUCCACCCCGCACCACCUGCCGUGCACCGAGGAGCUCCCGUCGCUCCUCUUCCUCACCCACCGACACCUUUGGGUGCUAAAGAUGGAUGUCAGAGAGAUUGCGGAGAAAGAGCGCAGUGCUGCUGGCCUUCACCAGGCUCCGUGCAGGCUGGUCCGCGUACCCCUCAGCUCUGUGCUGCUUCACCCCAUUCAGAGAACUCAGACUGAAAAGGUGACCAGUGGGAAGUCCUGCCGCCACCCUAAACACCACUGCAGGUUGAGCCACACGGCGGAGAUGCUGCUGGACGGUGGGAGUCUGCUGCUGCUCUUCCCGCUGGCCCAGGACAAGAGCAACUUCUUGGGCGAGCUGAGUCGGCGGAGAGUGGCUCUGGAGGGGCCGAAGAUGGUGGCGCUGCCACUCCCGUGCAGAUGCCGGCCACACUCGUGUGAGGUCGUGCAAGGUCACAGUAGAAAUGCUGUUGAGAAGUGCUCAUGUCGUGCAAGAGCGUACAGCACCAGCAGCUCCUCUCAUCCCCGACUGGAAGCAAACCAGCCAUCCCUCCACCUCACCCAGAGUCUGUCCCCAGGGCUUAAGCUCCUGGCUGGGCUUGAUGCGGAGCAGCUGCUGACAUACUUCCGCAGGCACAUAGCACACUCCGAGGAGGACGAGGUUCGACAUGUCCUGUGGCUGUCCGCCGUCCUCUACGCCGCGCCCGAGACGGAACUGGCCUGCUGCCUCUUCCUGUCCACAGACGGCAUCUACUUCCUCUUGGAAGACUCUGCUGCCACUCGCCACUGCCUCGCAGAAACGGACAUGAGCAUUUGUCCGGACCCAAACGUGCGCCUUUGCUGCUGCUUGACCAUCCGACUCGCCGAUCUGCUCUCUGUCAACGUGGGCUUGUUCGAUCAGUACUUCAGGCUUGUAGGACCCUCGGCCAAGCACAUUGUUUCCUGCCUGAGCAGAGACAGUUAUGGCACAGGAGUCUUCCUGCAGGAGCUGAUGUCCGCGCUGAGUCUGCAGCAGAAGCUUCCUACUCCAGAGCCCUCCGAGCAGGACUUCUACUCGCAGUUUACGAGCACCAGCUCAGGCAAGAUGCAGAACUACGAGCUGGUCCACAGCAGCAGGGUGAAGUUCAUCUACCCCAGCGAGGAGGAGAUGGGGGACCUGACUUUCAUCGUGGCUGAGAGGAAGACGCCCUCCUCCUCCUCUUCGUCUUUGUCCUCGCGUUCCUUUAACGUGCUACUUUACCUGCUGGUGUUUCAGGUUCAGUUUGCCAACGGUCAGGCCUGCGACACAUCUCCUGUCCUCCAACCCCGGACGCUGAUACUGACCAGCACGGAUGUUUUCCUGCUGGACGAAGACUACGUGAGUUAUCCUCUCCCGGACUUUGCCAAGGAGCCGCCAUCCAGGGAACGUUACCAGUUGCGGGAAGCGCGGCGGAUCCGCGACUUAGACCGGGUUCUCCUCGGCUACCAGAUGUACCCUCAGGCCCUGACGCUGGUGUUCGACGACCUGCCGGGCCCGGACCUGCUGUGCCACCUCACCAUGGACCACUUUGGGGCAGAGGGCAAGGAUCCGCCCCCGCCUUCGGCACAAUGCGGGGGUGCCGAGGGUGAGGUGCAGUGGUGCGUCUUUGUGCCGGGAGCAGACGGCCGUGAGAGACUCAUCUCCAUGCUGGCUCGCCAGUGGGAGGCGCUGUGUAGCCGGGAGCUUCCUGUGGAGCUCACCGGCUGAUUGGAGUGCCGGGAAAGGACCGCAGUGGGAAUGGCGCCACCUUGAGGCAGGCAGGGACUUAGCGACAAAUUUAAUUAAUUUUUUUUCUGAAGAAAAAAUAUUUUUGUCUCGUUUUUGUUGGCUGAUGGAGAUGAAGAGACAAAACAAGGGUAGCCAUUUGGGCUCAUGGAGUUGAAAAGGCGAAGCAAGUGUGGUCAGUUUGACUUGCAAUGUUGUCCCACUCAAAAUCAGGCCAACGACUGAGAGGUUAGAGAGCCCUUUUCCCUCAAACUCCCAAAGUGAUCCGGUUUUGUCUCGCAGUCGUUUCGAAGAAUUUUGACCUUUUUCGCAAAAGAAUGUUUUGAACGAACGCUCAAAACCCGCACCGCCAAGUCGUCAAGGUCUUGGCUACGCUGCACGUCAGGCUCCUACGAGUUGCACAUUGUGAUUUCAACCGACUGUCUUCAUUUUGUCAGCCGGAGCCUGUUUGCUACCUCUCACUUGGUGCUUUGUUUUUCAGCGAGAUGGAGCGAGCGCGUUCUAAAAGGGAAAUGACGCAAUAGCCAUCAAUGGACAGUGAAGCACUAAUACCAUCUCGCUUCCUCCGUUCCUACCAUUCACUGAGCGAAGGACUCCCAGACAAGCACAAAUCAGUGCACCAAGUAAGAGUCACUUUUCACAAUAUCCCCAACUUUUUUGUCAGCAGUGCGUAAAUGUGUUCACGCGUGUUUUCGUUAAGUCAGCCGGGCGGACGUUUUUCAGCAGGGGACACAGCUUGAUUUUGAAUACUUUCCUCAUUAUUUGCAUCGACAAAAAAUGGACUGUUUGCAAAAGCUGAGCAGUUUACAAAUGACCCAAGUUGUAACCUCCAUAAAAAAAAAACUUUUGCACUGUUGACUUUACAACCACUAUAUGCGCAAACAAUACCAUGCACCAAACAUUUGAGUUCUUUGCACUUUGAGAUUUCCUGAACAAAAUGAAAAAGCGCUUUAUUAGUCAGUGAUAGAGGUGCCAGCCACAUCCUUAGGUACAUUGACACACUCACCAGAGUUGAAUACCCCAAAAUCUGCCUUCACAUAGCUAAGGCUCGCCUUGUAAGGCAGAAUUUAUUUUCCCUACUAGAUAACCUGACACCAUGUACCUAAUAAAAUGUCCAGUAACUGUUGA